AUGAAACAAAUGCACAAGUGGAACUAUAUACACGAUCCAGCACUUGCUCAAAUGAAUGUAAAUGAUGCCAGGGCAUUUCUGCAAGUACUACUUCAGCUGUCUUAUUCAUAUACCAAGUCUCAAUACAUGGAUCAAGUGAUAGAGCAUGUUCAAAAAAAUCCUGAUAUGCUGGAUAAUGAUGGCUCAAUCCUUUUAAAGCACUUUUUCUCUUUCCGGGAUGCUCAACCAGUUCCUGCCACAAUUAAAACAUUGGGAGAGCUUGCAAGAUCUCAGUUGAACUUUAUGCUUAAUAUUUUGAAACCAUCCAAACUAUUCGAGGAGUUGGAGCCAAAGGUUAUAUUCCCAUUCAAGAAAUCAAAACCGCGGAUGAUAUCACUGUCAAAAGAAUCAGAACCACAAGUUAUAUUUUUACCCGAGGAAUCAAGACUUCAGAGUAAAUCGCUAUCCAAGCUAUUCGAGGAGUUGGAGCCACGAGUUAUAUUGCUGCCCGAAGAAUUAAAGUCACAAAUCACAACAGUAUCCAAGAUACUAAAACCACAAGUUGUAUUUCUACCCGAAGAAUCAAUACCUCAGAGUAAAUCACUGUCCAAGCUAUUUGAGGAAUUAGAACCACGAGUUAUACUAUUACCCGAAAAGUCAAAACCACGGGCUGUAUCGGUAUCUAAAAAACCAACACCACAGAUUACAAGAGUACCCAAGGAACCAAAAGUGUCUUUGAAAAAGAGUAAAGCAAAACAAAACGACACUGAUGUAUCUGAUCCAUUGGAUGAAUCAAAGGCUGACUCGCUUGACGUGAAUGCAAUGAAUAGCCCAACAUCUUUUUUAUACAACCAGCUCGAUGGCAUGACCAUGCAAGAACUAACUGGGUUGUGUAAAUACUUGAAGAUCAAAACUACAAAGUCACGUACAGAAUUGGUGACCGACUUUGAAGCAUUUAAAGCAUCUAAAGCUGUAACCAAAGAGCCUGCAGCUGAUCUCACUGAGAUCAAGGCAGAGAGUGACAAGGAGACUACGUAUAGUUCAACGAUUACUAUCCGUACUAAAAUCAUGUCAGACAACAAAAAUAAUUAUUCACGUGGUACAUUUAUACCAUUGGAUUCUCAGGGGAUUAAACGUCUUCCACUUUACCGAUUGGUAAAACUAUGCAAAUCUGAAGAAAUUGAUAUAAAACUACCACAAAAACGACUACUUUCGAGUGUCAAACUGUUGAUCAAUAGUCAUCGUCAAAGUGUUGUUGGAGUGAACAACGAAGUUGAUUUGGUCAUGUUAAGACGAAUUGCAUUUAGUAAUUUAGCCAAACAACACACUGGAGUGAGCGAAGUCAUUGAUGGAGUUUUAUUAAAAGUGCCCAAACCCAGUCCAGUAGCAGCCAAGUUUUUAAAGGGAAUUUAUCUGAAUCCAACCUAA